CCCACCUUAUACAGUGCCUACCCCAUGAUUGGAUUCUCACCUCAUACAGUGUCCACAGCUGAUUGUACUUUCACCUCAUACAGUGUCUACCCCAUGAUUGUACUCUAACCCCGUACAGUGCCCACCCCAUGAUUGGAUUCUCAUCUCAUACAGUGCACACCCCCUCAUUGAACUCUCACUUAUUUCCUGAUUGGAUACUCACCCCAUACAAUGCCCAACCCCUGAUUGGACUUUCACCUUAUAGAGUGCCCACUCCCAGAUUGAUUUUUCACCCCACACACCGCUCACCCCGUGUCUGGACUCGUCACCUAAUACAGUUCCCACCCCGUGAUUGGAAUCCCAUUUCAUACAGUGCCCACCACAUGAUUGAACCUCCACGUCAUUCAUUGCCCACCUCAUGAUUGGAAACCCACCUCAUACUGUGCCCAUCCCAUAAUUGGACCCCCACCUCAUUCAGUGCCCACCCUGUCAUUGGACUGUCACCCCAUACACUGCCCACCUCGUGAUUGGACCCUACCUCAUACUCAAGGAUUGGAACUGAAGAGUAGACCUGAAAAUUGGAGCUACAAACUAAACCCAAGACUGGUGCUAAGGACUGUACCUGAGGGCUAGACCCAAUGAAUAAAGCUGAGAACAAGACCCAAGGACUGGAGCUGAGGAGUAGAUCUGAAAACAAGAGCUGAGUCCUCAGAUCCAGUCCUUGGGACUAGUCCUUAGCUCUACGAUAAAUGCUUUGCUCAUGUCCUAGGGUCUUGUUCUCAGCUUCAGGCCUUUUCUGCAGUCCUCUGCUCUACUCUUCUGAUUCAGUCCUCAUGCCAAGUCCUUAGAUCCAGUCCUCAAAUCAAAUCUUCAGUUCCAGUUAGGUGCUAACAGGUGGACCCAAGGACUAGAUCUGAGGACUAAACUGAAGGCUGAACCCAAGGACUGAAGCUAACAUUUGGAACAAAGGAUUAGACCCAAGGACUGGAGUUAUGGACUAGACCCAAGGACUGGAGCUAAGGAUCAGACCUGAAGACUAGAACUGAGGACUAAGCCAGAGGCCUGGAUCUAAGUAUUACACCAGAGGACUGGAUCUAUGUAUUACACCAGAGGACUGGAUCUAAGUUUGGAGCUUCACUACAGUCAUCAGCUUCCAUAGUUCUCUGUUUCUACUUCAGAUCAUAUGAAUUAUUCAUAAGGUUCUCACCCUGAGUCACCAGAAAGAAAUUUAUGACGAUUAGAAAUUCUUGAAGAACUGAAAACAAAGAGAUAGAUAAUAGGGAAGAUCCUAUAGUGACAGCACAGGUGAACCUGAGGCCUCGCGGGCUCCCUCUUAUGGUUGUGUUCCGCUCUUUUAUCCUCCAAUCUGUCAGAUAAUUGUUGUCCUCAUUCUGAAGUGUAGUCCUCCUCCUGUCUUUCCUCCCAUUUUCUCACACACGUGACCCGAUGAAUAAAAUGUGUGGCCCUGGAUGGGACAGGUUCAGUCAUUGCCUGCAGUUCGUCUUCUGUAUCUUAGGGAGAGUCUCUUGCCUGUCAGCCAUGAUCUGCUGCCUUAUCCAUAUUCUUGGCCUCCUUGCUGGGUUAAUUGGAAUGGUCUUGACCUGGGUCGUCACCUUCAUGCCUCAGUGGAGACUGGUUAUCUUGGCUGAGUACAACGGUCUGGUCGUUCCAGGUGGCCGCGUUGACGGAGAGUGGAUCAGCCGCUGGGACGGCCUGUGGUACACGUGUAUAAGGCUACCACGGCUAGAUCUGUUUUGUGAAAACUGGGGCUCCCAGGUGUCCCUGACCACCGACCUAAGAGCAGCCAGGAUAUUGAUGAGUUUUGCCACCGGUGUAGCCGUCUUAGCCUUCAUAUUCUCCAUCGUUGGCUUUGUGCUUACUGAAUGCUGCCAAUGCUGCUGCAAGAAAGUAAGUGACAUCAAAAAAUUCACCUUGGCCGCUGGACUAUUGUACAUCCUCAGCACCAUCCUCGUCCUCAUUCCCGUCAUCUGGACCACGGUCUACAUUGCUCACCGUGCCUAUGAGGCUUCAUUCACCAGGCAGGCAGUGCGCAUCGAGAUAGGAGACGCUCUGAUGGUAGCGUGGCCCAAUAUCGCCUUCCUCCUCGGAGGGGGCAUCAUACUGACCUUCCUCUGCUGCUUCUGCGUCCUGAGCACUUGCUGCACCAAUGAUCCUUGCGAAGAACCGGCCUCGUGCCAGCAGGAAGACGCAAAACAGGAGCGAGUGAGCUACAGCCCCCGCAUGGAGUACCUAUGAGGAGAGCAGGAGACCACCUCAGAUCUUCUCCUCACCAAAGACUCAUGGAUGUCCUUGUCGUGUAUCCAGAUGGAGCAGAACGUAUUCCAGCUGAGCCAGGUAAAUCCACUGGUUUAACAUGACUACCUAUGGUCGGGCUCCUGGAGGCUUAUAGACAUUGGACUUUGAUGUGGCCCCAGCAGCGGAGAACGUCCUGGGCCCCAAUGCAGAAUCUGCACAAGCUCCCCGUGAUGUCAGAGAGUCCAGGAUGAUGUAUUUAUUAUAUUAUUUAUCAUAAAAGCCAUUACUGUGCCUGAGGGCGAGCUGGUGUGUGUCCUCCAUUGUCUAUAAUACUGCUGGCUCUGUAUGUGGCCCCUGAGGGCCCCAGGUGCACAGGACGCCGCAGCAUAUUGUGUGAGUAUACGCAGCUGUAUGUUAUAUAGAGUUGCAGAAUCUUACCGUAACUUUAUGUGAUGUUGACUUUUAUAAUGACCUGUGAACGUUAUAAUUUAUUAUGGCGGCCUGCGGGGGGGGGUCGGACUGGUCAGGUUUCUCGCCCUCGUUGCCCCGUAUGUGGUAACCGUAGCCUCUAGGGGGCAACAGAUGUAAAUGUUACCAACAUCUUAUGUUUCUGUACAGAGUAAAACAUUGUUUGCUGCCAGGAAACCAGGAACAAAGUCUUUUGCCACUAGUGU